AUGCCAACUUGUAAUUACUGCGGACGAUGGAUUUUAAAACUGUCUCGAAAAGCGUGGAUAAGAUUGACCAUCAUUAUCGGUAUUUUCUUCUGUCUUGCAUUGGUUAGUUUCAUCGUAUUCUAUGUUCAUAUUUACCUCGGUAGUUUAAAGGAACAGUUCUUUACUUUUCGAACGAACUGUACGGUCAAUGAUAUUCGAUACAAAAAUCGAUCUUGUAGCAAUCAACAAGUGAAAACCUGCCAAUUGAUUUCUGGAGGAUGUGUUAUAUAUGACAAUGUUCAAAACAUUGUUCUCUACUCAACAUGGUCUGAUUAUGAAAGUUCAUGUGAAGAAUGCUCGGUUGAUCCAUGUUUGAACUUGGAUAAACAUGAAUUUUACAUAAACCAAUCGUUAUUAUUUAUCUAUUGGUCUACCAAAUAUCAGCACGGUUAUUUAAAAAAAAUAUCAAAACUGGAAGCUAAGAUCGCUAGAAUUCUAUUUAUUGCCCUUGCUGGCACUUUUUCCAUAUUGUCUCUGCUUUCCCUCAUAUGCAUUGCUAUUACUAGUAUCUAUAACAGAUGGGAGCAGAGGAUGUAUCCGCUGAAUACAAUCCAUCCAAAUGGAUCAGCCUACACACGACCGCCAACGAUCGUUGUUCAAAAAGCUUCCAACCCGGUAAAAAACAAAAAUCGUACACCGUCACCACCACUGGCUGAUCAAUUGUCAUCACAAAGAUUAGUUGUGCCAUUGGACACAAUGUCGAACGGGCAUCUGGAAUGUGAACCUCGCAAUAAUUUAUGGAUCCGAACUCUUCAACCAUUACAGGUUUCAACACUAUCAGGCGUCGUAGCUGCGCUACGGCAGCAGAGAAGAAGAAGCAGCAACACCAUCACACCGAGUGAUACAACUGCAUGA